AAAUGAAGAAAUUUAAUUUCCGAAAAGUUUUGGAUGGCUUAACUGCCUCCUCCCCUGGCAGUGGUAGCAGCAGUGGCAGUAACAGUGGUGGUGGAGCUGGAAGUGGUUCGGUGCAUCCAGGAGGGACUGCAGGGGUUCUCAGAGAGGAGAUUCAGGAAACCCUGACUUCAGACUAUUUCCAGAUAUGUAAGACAGUUCGGCAUGGUUUUCCUUAUCAGCCUACAGCAUUAGCCUUUGAUCCAGUUCAGAAAAUCUUGGCUAUUGGGACAAGAACAGGUGCUAUAAGAAUACUUGGGAGACCUGGUGUUGAUUGUUAUUGUCAACAUGAAAGUGGUGCAGCUGUUCUACAGCUUCAAUUCUUGAUCAAUGAGGGUGCUUUGGUCAGUGCGAGUUCAGAUGAUACACUUCAUUUGUGGAACCUUAGACAGAAAAGGCCAGCUAUUCUUCAUUCUCUUAAAUUUAACAGAGAACGAAUUACUUACUGUCAUCUACCUUUCCAGAGUAAAUGGCUCUAUGUUGGAACAGAAAGAGGAAAUACACAUAUUGUAAAUAUUGAGUCUUUCAUUCUUUCUGGAUAUGUUAUCAUGUGGAACAAGGCAAUUGAACUAUCCACAAAGACUCAUCCAGGUCCAGUUGUACACUUAAGUGACAGCCCAAGAGAUGAAGGAAAGUGACUGCUGAUAGGUUAUGAAAAUGGUACUGUAGUAUUCUGGGACUUGAAAUCUAAAAGAGCAGAACUGAGAGUUUAUUAUGAUGAGGCUAUUCAUUCAAUUGAUUGGCAUCACGAGGGCAGACAGUUCAUGUGCAGCCAUUCAGAUGGUAGCUUGACUUUAUGGAACCUGAAAAGUCCAAGUCGUCCUUUCCAGACCACAAUUCCACAUGGAAAAAGUCAAAGAGAAGGAAGAAAACCCGAAUCUUGCAAACCAAUUCUUAAAGUAGAAUAUAAAACCUGUAGAAACAGUGAACCAUUCAUAAUAUUUUCUGGUGGACUGUCCUAUGACAAAGCUUGCAGAAGACCAAGUUUAACCAUCAUGCAUGGAAAGGCAAUUACAGUGCUUGAAAUGGAUCAUCCUAUUGUUGAAUUUCUAACUUUAUGUGAAACACCCUAUCCAAAUGAAUUUCAAGAACCCUAUGCCGUUGCAGUACUUCUGGAGAAAGAUCUCAUUGUAGUUGACCUGACACAAAGCAACUUUCCAAUCUUUGAAAAUCCAUAUCCCAUGGAUAUUCAUGAAUCACCAGUUACAUGCACAGCAUACUUCGCUGAUUGCCCACCAGAUUUGAUUCUAGUGCUCUACUCCAUAGGAGUCAAGCAUAAAAAACAAGGAUACAGUAAUAAGGAGUGGCCAAUAAGUGGAGGAGCUUGGAACCUUGGCACACAAACAUAUCCAGAAAUUAUUAUUACUGGUCAUGCAGAUGGAUCAAUAAAGUUUUGGGAUGCUUCUGCAAUAACUCUUCAGAUGCUGUACAAGCUAAAAACGUCAAAAGUGUUUGAAAAACAGAAGGUAGGAGAAGGAAAGCAAACAUGUGAAAUUGUAGAGGAAGAUCCGUAUGCCGUUCAGAUGAUGUACUGGUGUCCAGAGAGCAGAAUAUUCUGUGUAUCAGGAGUGUCUGCAUAUGUCAUAAUUUAUAAAUUCAGCAGACAUGAAAUUACAACAGAAAUAGUGUCAUUAGAGGUACGACUUCAGUAUGAUAUUGAAGACAUUAUCACCCCAGAACCAGAAACAAGUCCUCCAUUUCCAGAUCUCUCAUCCCAGCUUCCUUCUUCAAGGAGUCUUUCUGGGAGCACUAACACUGUAUCUAGUGAAGGAGUAUCAAAGGACAGUAUCCCAUGCCUCAAUGUUAAGACUCGACCAGUACGGAUGCCUCCAGGAUAUCAAGCAGAACUUGUUAUUCAGUUGGUAUGGGUGGAUGGUGAACCUCCUCAGCAGAUUACUAGCCUUGCCAUAAGCUCAGCAUAUGGAAUAGUUGCAUUUGGGAACUGCAAUGGGUUGGCUGUGGUGGAUUUUAUACAGAAGACAGUACUGUUAAGCAUGGGGACCAUUGACCUAUAUAGAUCAAGUGACCUAUAUCAACGACAACCACGGUCUCCUCGAAAAAACAAGCAGUUCAUUGCAGGUUUAACUGAGCUGAAUGACAGUCCAGUUCCCCCGGAACUUGAGCGCUGCAAGUCUCCCACUUCAGAUCAUGUAAAUGGACAUUGCACAAGUCCAACUUCUCAGAGUUGCGGUUCUGGAAAACGUCUAUCUAGUGCUGAUGUGUCAAAAGUAAAUCGCUGGGGUCCUGGAAGACCACCCUUUCGAAAAGCCCAGUCAGCAGCUUGCAUGGAAAUAUCUUUACCAGUUACAGCAGAAGAAAGUCGAGAAAAUUCCUAUAAUCGUUCUAGAAGCUCUAGCAUCUCCAGUAUUGACAAAGAUUCUAAAGAAGCAAUUACCGCACUAUACUUCAUGGAGUCCUUUGCUCGGAAGAAUGACUCUACUAUCUCCCCUUGUUUGUUUGUUGGAACUAGUCUAGGAAUGGUAUUAAUCAUCUCCUUAAACCUACCUUCAACAGAUGAACAAAGAUUUACAGAACCAGUCAUGGUAUUGCCAAGUGGUACAUUCCUCUCAUUAAAAGGAGCUGUCCUAACAUUCUCCUGUAUGGACCGAACUGGCGGAUUAAUUCAACCGCCAUAUGAAGUUUGGAGGGAUCCAAACAACAUAGAUGAAAAUGAGAAAUCUUGGAGAAGGAAACUGGUCAUGAACUUCCCCUCUCUAACCCAAGAAAUAGGAGAUCAUCAGUAUACAAUAAUCUGCUCAGAAAAACAAGCCAAAGUCUUCUCACUGCCGUCUCAGACUUGCCUCUAUGUUCAUAACAUCACUGAGACAUCUUUUAUACUGCAAGCCAACGUGGUGGUCAUGUGUAACAGUGCCUGCUUGGCAUGCUUUUGUGCCAAUGGGCAUAUCAUGAUAAUGAGCCUACCUAGUCUUCGCCCAAUGUUGGAUGUGAAUUAUUUGCCACUGACAGACAUGAGGAUAGCACGGACAUUCUGUUUCACCAACGAAGGACAGGCUUUAUACCUUGUCUCUCCUACUGAAAUUCAGCGGUUAACAUAUAGUCAAGAGAUGUGUGAUAACCUACAGGACAUGCUAGGAGAUUUGUUUACUCCCAUAGAGACACCAGAAGCUCAAAACAGAGGCUUUCUCAAGGGACUGUUUGGUGGAAGUGGACAAACAUUUGACAGAGAAGAGCUCUUUGGGGAAGCGUCAGCAGGAAAAGCAUCACGCAGCCUCGCACAGCACAUUCCUGGACCAGGAAGUAUAGAAGGGAUGAAAGGUGCUGCUGGAGGGGUGAUGGGAGAGCUGACUCGUGCACGGAUCGCCCUUGACGAGAGGGGACAGAGGCUAGGAGAGCUGGAAGAGAAAACUGCAGGCAUGAUGACCAGUGCAGAAGCAUUUUCCAAACAUGCACAUGAGCGCAUGCACACACCCCACCACCACCACCAUCUUAUCAUCGUCAUCAUCUUUGCAAAAAGAGUACUGUCAGUCCCUGGACUGCACGAGAGCAGGGUGAGAGGGACGGUGCCCAGGAGGGCAGAGAAGCAGGGUCAGCCCUCAGGUGGUCAGGAGUGGGGCAUUACUGUAAUGGGAGGCAUUGGAACAGGGUAG